ACAGAAGGAAGGCGCGGUGGUUGCAGACAGACUUUCCCACAGGAAUGAAGCUGCAGGUCGCCCGGGCUCUGGCCUCUUCACUUCCCUCUGGGCUGUGGCUCCUCUGCGGUCAGUCGGUCGGUCCCAGAGCUGCUUCGCUGAGGGGCUGGGCUGUAACGUCCUGGGAUGGGAAGAGCGGGGCUGAAGGCGGAUACAUGAAGACCCCAGCGACCACGGCCCUGGCCCUUUGUCGUGGACGAGACUCCGUGUGGGGCCCCGCAGCCCUGUGCUGACUGCGCUCGCUGUGACCCAGGACUCGGGACAAUGAGUCUCGUGGGCGACCAAGGGCCAUCGGAGAGCAUCUUUGACCUGGACUACACCUCCUGGCAGAUCCGUGCCACGCUGGUGGCCGCCGGCUUUGCCUUCUACCUGGGCGUCUUCGUGGUGUGCCACCAGCUGUCAUCCUCUCUGAACGCCACGUACCACUCCCUGGUGGCCAAGGAGAAGGUCUUCUGGAACCUGGCAGCCACGCGGGCCGUGUUUGGUGUGCAGAGCACAGCCGCGGGUCUGUGGACGCUGCUGGUGGACCCGGUGCUGACGGCCGACAAGGCGCACGCCCAGCAGAGCUGGUCCUGGUUCCACGUGGCCACGGCCACCGGCUUCUUCCUCUUCGAGAACUCGGCCCUGCACCUGUCCAAUGCGCUCUUCCGCACCUUCGACCCCUUCCUGGUGCUCCACCACCUCUUCGCCUUCCUGGGCUUCCUGGGGCUGGCGGUGAACCUGCAGGCCGGCCACUACCUGGCCAUGACCACGCUGCUGCUGGAGGCCAGCACGCCCUUCACCUGCGUGUCCUGGAUGCUGCUGAAGGCUGGCUGGGCCGACUCCCUGCUCUGGAAGGCGAACCAGUGGCUGAUGAUCCACAUGUUCCACUGCCGCAUGGUGCUCACCUACCACAUGUGGUGGGUGUGCGCGCAGCACUGGGAGGGCCUGCGGGGCACCCUGCACCCGCCGCACCUGGCGCUCUUCCUCCUGGGCAUGAGCCUCCUGACGCUGGUGCUCAACCCCUACUGGACCCACAAGAAGACGCAGCAGCUCCUCAGCCCCGUGGACUGGAACUUCGCAUCGCAGCAGCCCCGGGGCCACGCCCCGCCCAGGGCCAACGGCCAGGUGCCCCCGAAGAAGGGGCAGUAGCCGCUGGGAGCCCCCUGCCUCCCCACGCCCAGCGCUGACAUCGUGGCGGGGCUGUGCCCAGCGCUGCUCCAAAGAGAGGGCUUGGUGGUGCAUUAGUAUUAAUUCCCAAGUCGCCACCAAGCGCCUCCGACGUGACUGCCUUUAGGGGCAGAACUCCGCCUACUGUUGCCUUGUCUGCAGUGGUUCCUUCCUGGGAGCCCACCCUGGGGGCGAGCUGGUCAUGGAAGGUUCCGGGGAGGCGGGGCUGGGUUCGAGUGCAGGCCAACCGGCUUUCUUGCCCUCGCCUUGCUGGGCCUCACAGACAAAGGAGGGCGGUCUCACCGGCAGGCAGGUGGGAGGAGCCCAGCCACCUGUCUGUGGGGGAAACGCCCCGCCCUGGGUCUCCUCAGCCUUCAACCCGCUCUGUUCAGACCUUGUCUGUCCCCUUGGAAGGACUCGCCCCGACAUAGAAAACCGUGGGACUGGUCUCCUCCUUACAAGUUCCCAGGGCGAGACUGUCCAGCCGGUGCAACAGUGCCCUCUAGGGGCCGCGCUGCAGGGGCACCCUGUGGGAGCACCCGGCCCGAUGGGGGGUUGAGGGAAGUCUCGCAGGUUUUUUAAGGAAGCUGUACAAAACCAGAAUCAUGUGUUCACAAUGAAUUGCUCAGUUGACAAAAUAAGGAAGAUACUUAAUCAUC